UUAUCUCGUUUUCACUCAAUCAUUGUUAUUGUUUCGCAAGUUGGUUGUGGUUGUAAAUUUCCGUUUAACGAGCAAAAGGGACGAACUCCCUACAUUCAACAAACCCGUAACGUUAAUUUCAAUUACAAUGAUAAAGUUUGAAAUAGUGUCUUCCAGAAUAGCUACAGGCGAUGGGUCGGAUAAGAAGUUCGUGGUAUACAUGUUACAAGUCAGGCAAGAUAUUAGCAGACUUGAUCCAGACCCCGUGAACGUAGAAAGGAGAUACACUCACUUUUUGGAUCUCUACAAUGGACUCAAAAAGGAUUUCCCAACGAUUUUAAGUACCAUAUCAUUCCCUAGAAAGAUGGUAGUGGGUAAUUUUGACCCCAACUUGAUAACAGCCAGAGCUACAGCAUUUGAGGCAUUAUUGAAGCUUAUAUCAGAGGAAUCACGUCUCAGGGAGUCCCCAGCAGCUAUAGCGUUCUUCCAUGACGUGGAGUUAGCCGAGGCUAGACAACUGAUGCUUGAAGGAUCUCAUGACAUGGCACUUUCUGUGCUGGAAACUAGCUUCAGAUUAUUAAAUAAGGUGUACACAGACCGGUCGCGGGUGGUGCUGAGCGCGCUGUGCCGCGUGGUGGCGUGCGCGGCCACGAGCGGCGGCGCCCUGGCCGGCCCGGUGGAGCGCUGGGCGCAGCUCGCGCUCCGCCGCUACGAAGCCGUCAGCGACGAUGAUCUGCUGCUCAUCUAUAUACCGCUGCUGCACACCUGUAUAUCAAUAUGGGAAACGCUUGGAAAAGACAAAUCGCAUCUGGUACAAGAGCUAAACGAUCUCCGCAAAAAAGGUAUGAAAGUAGAUUCAGUGCCGAGCCUUAUGGAAGCGGUGGAUAGCUUACCCACUGUCAUUUAAUAGAUCUCUUAGGUAUAAGACAUAUUCUGUCAUUGGCA